GCUGCAUGUAAUGCCAACGUUGAUGAGAGUAAAGAUGUCGUCGUUAGCUUAAAGAGCCCAGAUGAGUCGGAACCGCCUCAUCGAUGCACUGACGACGAAACUAGUUGCGAAGGAAAUAGACAGGAUCAAGAUGAUGUCGCAGGAGAUACUAUCCUCUCUCAGGAAGAAGAUGAGAAGAGAAUGUCAUUCUUGGACGCCACCAUCCGAACAUUCCAUUCCAUUCCAUUCCCCAUCCCAAAAACUCUGGGAUGUGAUUCCGAUGUUAGCGUGGAUCACGAUCAGAUUCUGCACAAGCAGGCAAGUACAUCAUUCAGUAUGCUGAGAAGUUAUGGUUUGCUAUGUGAUGUUGAGCUAUCUACCGGUGAUGCAAGGACGAUUAUCGCUCACAAGGUUAUCCUAGCUGCAGUAAGUAGUUACUUCCGUGCGAUGUUCACGGUUGACAUGGUGGAAUCGAAAAAGAAUAAGAUUACCAUGCACAAUAUUGACUUCAUCACAUUGGAACAGAUAAUCAACUACAUCUACUCUGGACGCAUACAGCUCAAUGGCAAAAAUGUGCUUCCAGUGAUGUUUGCCGCAAAUUUUCUCCAGCUGAAUGAUCUGACUGAAAGAUGCGCAGAAUUUUUGAAAAAUCGUCUCAAUGCAUCAAAUGUGCUCUUUGUUCGGGCAAUUUGUUCGGCUCUAAAUUGCAGAUCAGCGUUGAGGGAUACUGAACGUUUCAUAGAGACGUAUUUCUCACUGGUUUGCGACAGUGAUGCUUUCUUGGACUUACCCAUUGAUGACCUGGUCGAAUUAUUGUCUAGAGAUAGUUUAUACGUUGAAAACGAGGAGUCGGUGUGUAAAGCAGCUUUGCGCUGGGUCGAUCACGAUGCGGAACAUAGGAAACAGUUUAUGUGCAGAAUCUUGAAAAGCAUUCGGUUGCUAUCAUUGGAACCCACUUUUCUGGCAAAGGUUGUUGGGCGCCAUCCACUUGUUCGUGACGACCGGAGAAGCAGAGAUUUGGUCGAUGAAGUGAAAGACUUUCAUUUGAUUCCGGAAGCAGAUCGCACUAUACCGUAUCCAUCCAGCUGCGAUCCUCGUGAAUGUCCUCAUCGACCUUGUCUCAUAUUUGCAGUAGGUGGUGCGUCAAGCGAUGGCACAUUGUGCGAAGUGGAGAAAUACGAUCCAAUAAGAAGACACUGGGUAGCUGCAGAACCAAUGACAGCAAAGCGAAAGAAUUUUGGAGUGGCCGUUCACGAUGGCUUGAUUUAUGCUGUUGGUGGCAACUGCGAUGAUGCUCCUGAGCCCGUAAACACUAUGCAGUCAUUUAGUUGGUCUGCGAGCCAAUGGAAUGCAAUGCCCGACAUGCCCACUCCUCGAAGCAAAUUGUCGGUUGCUGUGCUUGACGACAAACUUUACGCUUGUGGAGGAGAAUGUGGAAAUGGCGUAGUGAACACAGUACACAUCUUCGACUUUUCAAAAAACACUUGGGAGGAAGGUGUAGCCAUGCCUCAAAAUCGAAGAGAUGCUGCUGUUGCCAUUCUCGAUGGUGCACUAUACCUGAUCGGUGGCCAUGAUGGAAAUUCUGUGCUAUCCUCUGUUGUACGAUUUUGUGCCGCGAAGAACGAGUGGCUAGAGGUUCCUUCACUGGGAUCACCCAGACAUUUGGCUGCCGCUACCGCAUUGAAUGAUAGAAUCUACGUCUGUGGCGGUUCAAAUGGAAAAGAGGACCUAAAUUCAGUCGAAUGCUUCGAUCCACUUCUGAACUACUGGUUCACCGUUCCGCCGAUGAAAGUUGUCCGAAAAAAUCAUUUUCUCUUGUCCUAUGACAAUGCAAUUUAUGCCAUAGCAGGGGAGAAUGACUCAACCGCCCUUUCCUCUAUGGAAGUUCUUCAUGAUGGUGGUUCCUGCGAAUGGGAAUUCGUCGAAUAUCUGAAUACUAGCAGAAAAGAGUUUGGAGCUGCCGUUGUUCCGAUAUCUGUUAGUCAGCUGAGAUCGUGAUCAGGUGCUAAGACCUGCUUCUUCUGUGACAGAGAAUCAUCACAUCGUCAUGAAUCAAUCAUUCAUGAAUCAUUCCUUUAUUUUCUUUCCCCUUUGAUUUUGAUGCUGGAGUUCUGUCAUGUCAUGUUAUAAUCUCAGCUCAACACUGAAGAUGUUUUUGACUAUUCUACGAAUGAAAUUUUCUUCGUC